UCGCUGCCCAGACUGGGACACAUGGGAGCAGAGUUUUUCAGUGAAACCGGCUGUUUUCCUCUGUGCGGGCUGCACCUGCUAUGCCUCGAGGUUCGAGGCCUUCGCUCGCUCACUCCCGCCUGUCACAGGAGCCGCACGUCGCAGAAGUGCACCGGUCCCAGCCCACGGGGGGCUCCUGCCCAUUGGCCCCUGGCAGGUCACAAGCACGGGCCGCUCCUGGCCACACUGAGCUUGGGGGAGAAGGGCUCGUGGGAGGAACGCCUGUCACCCCGAGAGACGGGAGGCUGGACCCAGCUGGGACGAGGCCCAGUGCCUGUUGGGGCACCGUGUUUCCCCCAGCACCUGCGGUUAAGACGGUGCUAGUCCCGACAGCCAAAACCAAAGCAGUGGCAGGAGGGCCGCUGUGGCGUCUGUUCAGGGAGGGGAGCGCCUGCCACCCUGCGCUGGGCGUCCAGCCUCGGGCCCUGGGGGUGGGCUGCGUCUGCUUCUGGCGGCGACGCUCACUGCUCGGGAAGAUCCCCGCGCUGACUGCUGCGCGGAACUGGGAUUCGAACUCGGGCCCUGCAGCCUGGUGCCCGUCUCACCUCUGCUGCAGGAGCCCUCCACAAAGGACAGCGCCCGUCAGAGAAGAGCACGAGGCCCCCGAGAAAUGCGAUCGGCCACGCUCCAGCCUCUCGGCCGGCCUAGCCGCUGGUAGAGGCGCUGCCUGGGGCAGAACACCAGAAGUUUGCUGCACAGAAGACGCCAGAUCACUUGUAGAAGUGGAAGCAGGUUCAAGCUUCUAGAGACAACAGAUGAUUUUUGUCAACAUAGAAGGGAAGUUGGCUCUGUCCGACUUGCGGGGCAGGUUGAGAGCAGGUGGGCCUUGUUCUAUAUUGGGUAAAUGUGAGUGGGGGGGUGUUGGCUGGCUGGGUCGGCCACCUUGGUGGGGAUUUCAAAUAUUAAAAGACAUCGAGAGGAAACUCGAGAGAGAGCUCCAAGAGGAAGUGGGGCACAGGUCUCGGCUCUGAGGGGUGCCCAGGGCUUUGUAGGAAUGAAGGGGAAAGCAUGGCGAGUGGCGUGAGCUCCGGCUGGCGGCGGCGGGGGGAUGAGCCACGGGCCACGGCCAGGACCCGGGAGGCGAGUGAGCAGAGCAGGGGCAGCCGACGAGGGGUCUGCCGGUGGUCCCUAGGCCUGCGGGCCCAGGCUCCCCUCCGCCUGGCCCAGAGAGCGCCUGGGUCCACCAGAGGCAGGAGGGAAGGGCGACGUGGCUCGAGGGUUUUGCUCUCCGGGCGGCGGGGGCGACGCCGGGCUGGGAGCAGGCAGCGCAGGGCCGAGGGGCUGGGCCUCACCUCGUUCUCAGCCAGCACCCGCUUGGCCGGGUAGUGCUCGCGCUUCACCUUGAUCUCCACGGACUCCAGGAUGUCAGGUACCAGGAGGUCGAGGACGCGGCCGAUGGAGAACACCACGUGCUGGAAGCCGCCUUCCUCGGCCGGGUGCAGCCCUGGGUGCAGGUGGGGUCGGCGAGCAGCAGCGCCGAGGGGCCUCCUGGGGACGGAGCCCGGGCAGAGGCUGCGGGGACCUGCUCUCUCGUCAUGCUCUGACCACACGCACCUCAAACACGACAACGAAGGCCAGGCGUGCGUCCAGGAGGUUCCGGUGGGUCCGGGAAAAGUGCCCGUCAUCGUCCCAGAAAGCCCGGUACCUGCUGGAGACGGGCACCUCGGGAAUCAGCCCUUCCGAGCUUUCCCACAUUCCCAACCAGGCUAGUUCUGGGAACAAAAGAUCCUCUUCCGACAUUUUAGCAGCCCGUAAAACUCCAGUCCAGCGCCAGCAGCUGAGUUGGCAGUGCGGGGGCGGAGGACCGGACAGCUUGGCCCCUGCCCCUGCCCCUGGGGGGAGGAUGGCGCAGGCAGGUGGGGCCACCUCGGUGACCAGGGUCCUGGAGCGGGAGCCGCUGGCCCUGGGGCACUUGUGCUGGGAGCGAGGCCUCCAUCCCAAGGGCAGUGGGGCUCAGAAUCAAAGCAAAAGGAAGCCGAGACCAAAGGGGGAAGAGGCAACAAAAUAAGGUU